GUUCAGUUCCGGGCGGUGGCGGCGCAGGCAGGAGAGGGACUGGGCUGGGGAGAGCGGGAUUCCCGUAAGGGUGGUGGAUUGUGUGUGGGCCGGAGGAGCCUCACAUGGUCAGGGGGUGCCCGUAGGCCUGCGGGGUGCUCACGGGAUCAGAGUUGCCCGUGUGUGAGCCAGGGGGUGCCUACAGGGCCGGGGGAGUCCCCGCAGGGCCCAGGAGGCCGACAAGGCCCGGGGGCUCUGCAGAGCCAGGGGGUGCCCGCAGGGCCGAGGGUACCCGUGUGGGGGGCAGGGAGUACCCGCGAGGCCAGGGGUUGCCUACAGGACCAGUGGGUGUCUGUGGAGUCGGAGAGGUUCCCGUGUGUGGGCCAAGAGGUCCCGCAGGACCAGAGGGUGCCCACAGGACCGGGAGUCUCUGUGUGUGAGCGUAGGGGUGCCCGCAGGACCAGGGGGUCCCCACAGGGCCAGGGGUCUCUGUGAGCCGAGGAGUACUUGCAGGUCUAGGGAGUCCCCACAAAACCAGAGAGUGCCCACGUGUGGGCUGGGGCUUUUCACAGGAUCAAGGACCAGAGAGUGCCUGCAGGGCCAGGGGAUUCCCUGCAGGACCCAGAAGUCCCUUAGGGGCCACUUUUACCCACAGGACAAGGGGGUUCCCUGCAGAACCAGGGGUUUCCUGCAGAGCCAGGCUGACCCACAGGACCAGGGGUCACCGCAGGGCCAAGGAGUACCCGCAGGACCAGAGGAUCCCUGUAGAGCUGAAGGUUGCCUGCAGCCACCAUGUCAAUGUCACACCUGUAUGGCACCGAUGGGGAUGAUGGUGUGGAGAUGGAGAACUUUGAGGUAUCAGACUGGGACCUGCAGAACGAAUUCAACCCCCACCGGCAGCGCCACCGGCAAAGCAAGGAGGAGGCCACCUACGGUAUCUGGGCAGAGCGUGACUCGGAUGAGGAGCGGCCCAGCUUUGGCGGCAAGCGCUCUAGGGAUUACUCGGCCCCUGUGAACUUCAUCAGCGCUGGGCUGAAAAAGUCAGCGGCUGAGGAUAUGUCAGAAGAAGACUCUGAUGAAGAUGAAAAGCCUGUUAAGCAGGAGGAAAUCCCUAAAGAGUUUGUGCCGAAGAAGUUAAAAACAGGUGGUAAUUUCAAGCCAAGUCAGAAAGGCUUUGUAGGAGGGACAAAAUCUUUCGUGGAUUUUGGCAGCUGGGAGAGACACACUAAAGGAAUUGGACAGAAGCUUCUCCAGAAGAUGGGUUACGUCCCUGGAAGAGGUCUCGGAAAGAAUGCUCAAGGUAUCAUCAAUCCGAUUGAGGCCAAACAGAGAAAAGGCAAAGGAGCUGUUGGGGCAUAUGGCUCCGAAAGAACCAGCCAGUCUUUGCAAGACUUCCCUGUUGUGGACUCAGAAGAAGAAGCUGAAGAGGAAUUUCAAAAAGAGCUCAGUCAGUGGCGGAAAGAUCCGAAUGGAGGCAAGAAAAAGCCCAAAUACAGCUAUAAGACAGUAGAAGAACUGAAAGCCAAAGGCAGGAUCAACAAGCAGCUCUCAACCCCUCAGAAGGAGAUAUCUCAAGUCAAGGUUAUAGACAUGACGGGCCGGGAACAAAAGGUUUAUUACAGCUACAGUCAAAUUAGCCAUAAGCACAAUAUCCCAGAUAACAAUCCUCAGCAGCCACUGGGCAAAGACUCCAAGCUCCAAGGCUUUGCUUUGCCUGAACUGGAGCACAACCUCCAACUUCUUAUCAGCAUCACGGAGCAGGAGAUCAUCCAGAGCGACCGGCAGCUGCAGUAUGAGAGAGACAUGGUUGUCAACCUGACCCAUGAAAUACAGAAGAUGUCUGAAGUUCUCUCACAUGAGGAGAAGGCAAUUAGUAAUCUCAGCAAGGUGCUGGAGAUGGUGGAAGAGUGUGAGAGACGGAUGCAGCCCGGCUGUGAAAACCCCUUAACUUUGGAUGAGUGUGCGAAGAUUUUUGAAACGCUUCAGGACAAGUACUAUGAAGAGUACCGAAUGUCUGAUCGGGUAGACCUGGCAGUAGCAAUCGUCUAUCCUCUCAUGAAAGAUUACUUCAAGAACUGGGAUCCUCUCAAGGACUGCACGUACGGCACAGAGAUCAUAGCCAAGUGGAAGAACCUUUUGGAAAAUGAUCAGCUGUUAUCGCAUGGUGGGCAGGAUCUGUCAACAGAUGCUUUUCACAGACUGAUGUGGGAAAUCUGGAUGCCAUAUGUCAGAAACAUAGUGGCGCAGUGGCAGCCGAGGAACUGUGGAUCCAUGGUGGAUUUCUUGGAUAGCUGGGUAAACGUUGUUCCUAUCUGGAUACUGGAAAACAUUCUGGAUCAGCUUAUCUUCCCCAAGCUACAGAAAGAGGUUGAAAGCUGGAAUCCUUUGACAGACACAGUCCCAAUCCAUUCGUGGAUCCAUCCCUGGCUUCCCCUGAUGCAGGCACGAUUGGAGCCGCUGUAUUCUCCCAUCCGAAACAAGCUGGCGAACGCACUGCAAAAGUGGCAUCCCAGUGACUCCUCGGCCAAACUUAUCCUUCAGCCCUGGAAAGAUGUGUUCACCCCUGGGUCGUGGGAGGCUUUCAUGGUCAAAAACAUUGUGCCUAAACUAGGAAUGUGUUUGAAUGAACUCAUCAUAAACCCUCACCAGCAGCAUAUGGACGCCUUCUACUGGGUGAUUGACUGGGAGGGGAUGAUUUCUGUCUCCAGUCUUGUUGGGCUGCUGGAGAAACACUUCUUCCCGAAGUGGCUGCAGGUGCUGUGCUCGUGGCUUAGUAACAGCCCCAACUAUGAAGAGAUUACCAAGUGGUACUUGGGUUGGAAAUCCAUGUUCUCAGACCAAGUGUUAGCGCAUCCAUCCAUCAAAGACAAAUUUAAUGAAGCUCUUGAUAUCAUGAAUCGGGCUGUCUCUUCCAGUGUUGGUGGUUACAUGCAACCAGGUGCUCGAGAGAACAUCGCCUACCUUACUCACACCGAGCGGAGGAAAGACUUCCAGUACGAAGCCAUGCAGGAGCGCCGGGAGGCUGAGAACAUGGCCCAGCGUGGCAUUGGCAUGGCUGCCAGCUCUGUGCCCAUGAACUUUAAGGACCUAAUUCAGACGAAAGCGGAGGAGCACAACAUUGUUUUCAUGCCUGUGAUUGGAAAGCGGCAUGAAGGGAAACAGUUGUAUACGUUUGGACGGAUCGUCAUUUACAUUGACAGAGGUGUUGUGUUUGUGCAAGGAGAAAAGACCUGGGUGCCAACAUCUCUCCAGAGUCUCAUUGACAUGGCAAAGUGAGGCUUCGAACUGGGCAGACCAUCUUGUUAAAGUUCUAAGUGUAACUGUCUUAGAAUAAAAAAGUUACAGAUUUGUAAAUAGAGUGAAAUUGGACCUGUAUGCCAGGAUUUCUUCCUUAGAAGAGCUAUUCAGGUUCUGUCAACAGAUGAAAUUACACGAGGAAGUCUCUUAAGGGAAGAAUGAGCAGAGCAGUUUUGAUGGUUGUGCAACUGCUGCCGGUGACAGAGGUUUAUCAGCUCACUUGGAAGGGACUGUUGCGAAUGAGUUUUUAUAGAACUUCUAUUUGCAUAAAAGUGUGACUAAGAACAGAGCUCGAUGAUAAGGUCCUGUUCUUACUACAUGGAAGAACAGGUUUUAAUUGAUGCAAAGUGUUUUGCACAGGGGCUGGGGGUGCAAUAAGGUAAGGGAGGCCCUUAAGUAUAGCAUGGAGCACCUUUGCUUCCCAAACUCUUUCUCAGGGAGGAGUCUGUGUGCAGCUGGAUGCAAUCCUAGUCCUAGACUUGGUCAGCAGUUUAUGGCCAAGGGCUGCAGAGGGCAAGGAUUACAUGGGCACACCCAAUUCUCUCUGUCACUUAG